AUGAUGGCCUCCUUCACACCACUCGACAACUUCAAGAGCCGCAGCCGCGGCGUGAUGCCGACAGGCAUCGUGAUUGACAAGUCCUGCCGCGUGUACGUGACGCAGAUCCCGCUGGAGCGCAUUGAGCGAGACGGUGCGAGCGCGAUGAAGUCCGAGUUUGAGGUCUACGGUCCCCUGGAGUCGUACAAGAUGUUCACCGACCGCACUGGCCGCUUCAUUGGCAGUGCCCUGUGCACGUACCGCAACCCGGCAGAUGCAUCCAUGGCUGUCUACUGCAUGGAUGGCGUAGAGGUGGAAGGGUCGACGCUGCACGUGGAGCCGGCGAAGGAGCACGGCGUUGUGAUUCUCUCUUCGGGCUGCAGCGGUGGCGGUAACGGGCAGCACCGGGAUCACAGCCGCGGUUUCCUGCGCGACACCCAGCGGCAGUGGGGACGCGGCGGCCGCGGGGGUGCCGCCCUGCUUGGCGCAGGGCGUGGCAGCGGUUCCUCGCCGACCGGGAGACAAGAUGUGAGCAACGCGUCAGAGUCGGACUUCCUCGCCGAGGAGUUGGGACUGGCUGCCACAGACGGUGUCUCGCCUUCCGCAGAGAAUGGAAAGUGGAGCCAUGACAAGUACGAAAUGAUGGCCGAAGGCAAGGACAUGGACGAGGUUCUCGGGAUCCGUCGUCCACACCACCACCGCGGCGGCGCGCGUGGCCGUGGUGGGCGCGUAGGGCAGCGGUACGGCGAGCGUGUGGAUGCCGCGUUCGAGAGGUACAUCCACGAGCGCGACGCCAACGCGAAGGAUGCGCCACUGCCACCGUCUUCAUCUUCCGCGGCUGCCGCCUCGUCGUUGAGUAUCCAGGCGGACGUGCAGCCGACCCCGGCUACGGAGCCAGCGGCAGAGGAGAGCGCGACGGCGACGAUGGCGGAAAUGGCCUUUGGCGCCGACGAGAGCGAUGCUCCUGUUGUAGGACCAGAGCUUGGCGCGCUUCCGGAGGAUGCCUAG